CGGGGCCGGCGCCGCCCGGGGCCAGCAGGGUGCGUUGCGCCGCGCGGGGUCUGAGGCGGCGGCUCCGCUCCGCGCCCGCUCCCGGUCCCGCCGCUGCCGGAGAUCUGUCCUUUGCCCAAGGCAGCGAGUGCCCCUGCCUGUGCUGGAGGAGCGUGCCCACCUGCCCAGGAUUCUCCUGUGCUGGGGCCUGGAGCCGAUGGCAGAGAAUGUCAACAACUAACAACAUAGCGCAGGCCCGGAAGCUGGUGGAGCAGCUCCGCAUCGAGGCCGGGAUCGAGAGGAUCAAGGUCUCGAAAGCCUCUUCUGAGCUCAUGAACUACUGCGAGCAGCAUGCCCGGAACGACCCGCUGCUGGUUGGAGUCCCCGCUUCCGAGAACCCCUUUAAGGACAAAAAGCCCUGUACCAUCCUAUAGCUCCGGGUCCCUCCGGAAGGGCAUCCUGCUCCAGCCACUGAGACCCAGCUCCAGCACCUGCACCUGCGCCCGGGGGUAAACUCUAAAUGUUGGCUUCAAACAGAACUUAAAUUCCCAAAAAAAACCCAACCAAACCCAAACCACACCACAGAACAACCAAUUACACGGAGAUAAUAAUUGGGGAGCGGUUUUUAGGGAAGGGUGUCCGUUCCCGGGCACGGGCUGCACGUGGAGAGGGGUCGGAAUUUAAAUCGGGAUUCGGAAUAAACCGGGGUGGAGGGAGGGGGGGAGGAUUUUAACAGGGGUAUUGGAAUUUGGGAGGAGGCAGUGGGGGGGUCGUGGUGUUCCCAGUGGGACGUGAGGCCGGAGCUCCGGGUGCUCCGAUCCAGUUAAGUCUCCAAUCAGCAGGAAUUUGCUCUCGUUUCUGGAGAAGGGAACGAGGAGGGGCCCCGGGUGGGAGAGAUUUUGUAGAAAAUUAGUACCAAAAAAAAAAAAAAGAAAGAAACAAACAAACAACAACAACAACAAAAAACAGCUGGAAAAAUCCCUGUUGGGAAUGGCUGGAGGGAGGGGGGGGGGGCCCUUCCCUGCAUCCCAGGGCUCUGCUCGGAGCAGGGAAUGGCCCCGGGGGGGAACAGAUCCCGGGAGGAAUGUCAGGGAGCCCCAGGGAUGGGGGAGGCCGGGACCAGCCCCCCUGGCUGCUCCUGGGGGGGGAGGAAGGACCUUCCAGGUGGGCAUCCAGAAUCUGGGAAAAUGGGCCUUUUGGGGAGUUUCAGCCCAAAACACGAAAACCGGCAACUUUCCCAGCGAGUGGAAUUCUUUCCAGGGAACCCAGGGAAUGAGGCUCAGGGGGAGGGGGUCGGUGAGGUUUAGGGGAGAUGAGGGUGAGGAGAAGACACAGUUCAGUUCCCAUCCCUUGGGAAUCUCGGACUGGGAUUUGACAGGGAGCACCGUGUUCCCACUGGGAUAACCCAGCACGGGGCAGGAAGAGGGGGAGCGGGAGAGCCUUCCUGCCACGGAGCUGGGAGUGUGCUGGGGAGAGAGCCUGGAGCUCAGGGAAGUGCCAUGGAGCUCCCCAGCCUCUGGAUCUGUCGGGAAGGGGACGGAUCCUGGGAUUGCCAAACCCGACCCGUGUCCACAGGGCAGAUCCUGGGGCUCAGCAGCUCCUUGGAACGUGGCCAACGCUCCCAGAAUCCCAGAAUUAGGUUGGAAUCUGGGACCAUCAAGUCCAGCCUCCCACCGUAGGCAGAGGCACCGUUUGUGGCCAUUCCCAGUUAUCCUGAACACGGGUGUUGGUUUUGGGAAGAGAAGGAAAACACCAAACCAACCGACCAACCACACCUGGUGUGAAAUCCUGGGAGUUUCCCCCUUCCCCCAAAGCUUUGGAUUUGGUUUGAAACACCAGAGCCUCCACUGGGAUGGGAACCACAGGGGGCGAAUCCCUUCAUGGGACUGGGAGCACUUCCCAUGGGAAAGGGGGGCUGGAGGAGACCCCUGGACUCGGCUGAUCCCCCCCCGUGCUGUCGUUGGAGGGAGAAUCCCUGCAGCCCAAACUGGGGCUGCUGGUGGGAGUCACUGGUGCAGGCAGGACACUGGGAUGGAAUUCCCAGGGCUGGCACUGGCUCCCGAGGCACCGGGAGCUGCCGGAGUGGGGCUCAGAGACAGGGAGAGGAGCAGAUCGUGGCUGGUACCCAGGGAAGGGGAUUCCUCCCGGGAUCCCGGGGGGCUGGGAUGGGCAGAGCUGCUCCCUUUCCAUUCCUUGGUUGCAGGAAUCUCGCCAUUCCUUGUUUUCAGUCUGCCAUCACUUGCCUUUUAAACAGAAUCGGGAAAAUCCCACGUUUUUAACACUAACAGAACCCCCCGUGAGCGCCCGCGGCUUUCCCGGGAUCUGGGAAAAGCUCCCGUGUCCCCCCACUGUGUCCUGGGCUCCUGACCCGGCAUUCCAGGGCACAGGUGACCCCUUGGAUGUCACCCCCUCCCGGUGUGAGGGAGCAGAGCAGGGAAAAGGGGGAUAUUUCCCUCUGUGCCCCCUUCUUGGUGAGUUCUGUCCUAAAUCCAAAACAACUCCAAGCUCCCGCCCGCCGGGAGGGAACGGACACUCCGAGUCCAGCCUGGGCUCAGCCACAGCCGGGCUUUCCCUUCUCCAGGAGGGAAUUCCCUCUGUCCUUAAUCUCGUACAGUUCCAGCCUUAUUUUUCUACUCCAGAUCGCUGAUUCUUCCUCUGUGUUAGAGACCAGAGCAUGGUGCUAUCCCGGGCCGCGGGCACGGAGCGGGAGCGGAGCCGGGAAUUCCCCCUCCUCCUCCUCUUCCUCCUCCUCCGCCACCCGGGCAGGGGCUGCCGGACCCCCCCGGCAUCCUCAGGGGCUCCAGCAUCCCGCCCCUCCCGGCCCCCACUGCGGGAUCCUCGGCAAACCCUGUGGGAUGCUGGGCCAGCGAAUCCUUUGGGAUGCUGGGCCGGCAAACCCAGCCGGGCACAGCACGGUCCAGCAUUUUGGGGGCACUCUGCCUCCCCCCUCUUGUCCUUCCACCACCCCGGGGUCCUGCCCGAGCCAUGUUGGAGCUGGGAAAACGGGGCAGGGAGAAGGGAAGGAGCCAGGAGCUGGGAGAAGGGGCAAAGAGCCGGGAAAAGGGGCAGGGAGAAGGGAAAAGGAGCCGGGAAAAGGGGCAGGGAGAAGGGGCAAGGUGGGAAAAGGGGCGAGGAGGUGGGAGAAGGGGCAGGGAGCAGGGGCAGGGAGGUGGGAGAAAGGCCGUGGAGCAUCUCCCACGGGAGCCUGGGGACAGGGCUGGGGGCUCCUUGGCGUGGGGACUCCGGAAUGUGCCGAGGGUCCCGCCGGAGCCGGGGGGUGGGAGCUGCCAUCGGUGCUGGGGCUCCGUGGGUGACUCGUUUUGGUGGAAAAAAAUCCUUGAUUUUGAAUUUUUUUUUUCUUUUUUUUUUUUUUUUCUUUUUUUUUUUUGUUGGCUUUUUUUUUUUUUUUUUUGGAAUUCUAUCCUCGUCCGAGUAAAUCCGUGCUCAUCCUGUAGGUGUUUUUUGUAUGGCAUAAAUAGAAGUGCAGAUUCCAGUAGUCGCUUGUACUUUGUUAGUGCAUUUGCCAAAUAAAUUUAAAAAAAAAAAAAAAAAAAAAGAAAAAAAGGGAAAAAGGAAGAAAAAAAAAAAAACAAACCACACACACACACAAAAAAAAAAGACUUUUCAGGACUUUUUAAGUGCUGCAAAGGGCGAGGGGAGAGCGGGAGGAGCCGGAGCCCCGGGCUCCACAAAGGCCUUUUUUUGGAGGUAACCACAUGCCCAGAUCUGUCCAGCCUUUCUUUAUGGCAUGUGGUGAAAGCCGGUGCCAAAAAUAGAAAACUGGGAGAGAAAAGGGAGAGGGAAACAUUGCUUCUAUUUAAUUUUUCCUCCCUCCUCUUUGUCCUGCCCUCCCUGUCCCGGGGGACGGAGCCGGGAGACUCCCGGGCACCCCGAGCCUGGUGUGGUCCGGAGCCUCUGGAUGCUCCCAAAUCCCCCCUUGUUUCCAAGUGCUUAAAAAGUCGCCUUUAUUUAACAAAACCCCAAUAACUCAUUUAUUGGAGGGCCUCAUGGGACCCUCCGCGCUCCUCCUCUCCUUCUCUCGGGUCUAUCCUUAUAAUUAUUAUUAUUAUUAUUAUUAUUAUUAUUAUUAUUAUUAUUAUUUGCCAAACUCUGGUCUCGUUGCCAAACGCCAAUCCAGGUUUGUACAGACUGUCCUUAGGACGUGGUCGCUGUCUGUGCCGUAGGCUCCUCAUCCGUCUGCAGUUCCCGGGUUUGUUUUCCUCUCUCGUGUGCCAUAGCCCGACCUCGCACAGUGUUUAAUAUUUCGUGGAAUCGUUGUUCCGAAGUGAAUGGAUAACACAAUAAAAAGGCUCACUUUGCAUUUUGCCAGA